AUGUUACAGGUUGAAUGCAGUGAAGGUCUGGUCUGGUCGGCCACAAAUGAAACCGGUCUAAGUCAGCACGCCCUCAGUGAGAGAAUCUCCCCUAAACCUGCUCCUCUCUCCUCAGAGAUGUCCGACCUGCAGCAGGUGCGAGCAGAGGAGGUCCCGCUGGCCAUCAUCGGUGGGUCGGGGGGCGAACAAAACCAGGAAACCGGGAACCAGAGGACCGGCGGGCUGAAAAAAAUGGCUCUUGCCUUUUGCAGAGACGAGCACCAGAGGAAGCUGGCCUACUGCAGCAUCCUCUGCGGCUGCUCCUGCAUCGGAGUCAAAGCUCUGACCUACUCAGUCAAGGCUGAGCUGGCGAAAGACCCAGAGGCGGCUGCGGCGUUUUCAAAGAGGGCCCAAAAAUUUGGCGUCAUCUCCAUCCUGACCUGGUUCGGCCUCCUGGGGACGCUUUUCCUGCUCGUGGUGCUGGUCUCCUAUCUCGUCACGCUAAUAAACUAA